AUGCAGUACGCCCGCUCCGUUGUUUGGAGCAAGGUGUCCUCUGAGCGUAUGGAGGCAUGGACGGAGCAGAUGAAGGCCAUGGGCUAUGCAGGAUCUUCGAACAAUCCUCUUGCCCGUGGUAUCGAGGGUUGCUGCCCCGGCACUUCUGAUGCUCACGCCAAGCUGGUUGAGGAUGACGCAGACAAAGACAAGGCAGAACUGAAGCUGCUCAAUGACCUGAUCUCCAAGUGGAGAGUGCCAGGAGUGAUCAAGGUGCCCCCUAGGAAGGUGAUUCCAGACUUCAGCAACCGAGGUCACACUGGCCUCAGUGUGGAGCACGUCCAUUAUCUUGCAACCAGCUUCAAAGAGAAGGGCUUUCAGAAGCGCAAAGGCAACGAGGGUCAUGACAUCCCGGUCCUGGUGUGUGAAAAAACCAGCAGUGAACUUGGAAAGAAGUCCAUUGAGAACUGGAGGUCAAAACUCAAUGAUGAGAAGGGGUUCGCUCCACAGGAGCACUAUGAGCGGCUUUUCAAGGGAGAGGAGCUGUACACUUCAUUGGGCAAUGGGCACUUCAAUCAGGCUCUCAACCUUUUCUUCCGGGAGUGCCCCAGCAUCUACAACCAAGAGAAGUAUGUUAUUGGCCAGGACCGUGAUCUCAAGGAGGCUGUUUACCAGGGUGUUGGUGCUAUCGUGCUUAAGGCUGAGAUCCCGUUGAGAGAUCGUGAAACCAUCAGCAAGCUCCUGAACUCCAAACGUGAGUUCAAGUGGAGUGUUCACGAGGAUGGCACGUUGGACAUCUCAGAUGCAUUCGAGGACACGCGCACCUGCAAACAGUUCGAGGCCCUCAGCAAGGUGCUAGAUGCAGUUGAACUGAACUGUUUGGUGAGAUCUGAGCUUGGGGUCCGUGACAGCCAUCGCAUUGGUCAAUGA